UUGCAAAGCUAUGGGGUACGCCCUAGGACACUGUAGUGCUUCUUCAUUUAGUGUUCCAUUUACGUAGCGAAAGUUGAUGUCACCAUGUAAGGAUGUGUAACUUACGGUUACAAACGAGGCAACGGUGCAUAUCAAAACACAAUGGUAUUUUGCCGCAAGUAGGAUUUCUCUCCCAAGAUCGACUGCCAUGUGCGUCUCUGGUUGUUCCUGUUCCACAUUGCUUCGUGCAGCUGCCGUUGUUGUGCUGCUAGCACUUCAAGCUUGCUGCGUUUCUUCACUAUCAAACCAAUGUUUACCGAGCAGUGUAGCAAACAACUGUCCGGAUCCAAGAGACUACGCGAUGUAUGUCGAUGGCACUACGGCUAACACCACCGUUGUCGGUGGCUUCUUCUCUGUAUCCAUGUGGGACAGAAUUUCUGAGGAGACCCUCGACUACGUGUGCACUCUGUGUGACGCUAAUAGUGCACAGUUUCCACCGCACCGCUUUGCUGUUGAGCAGGCCGAAGCUCUUCUGUACGCCACAGAUUUGAUCAAUGCUAUGGACAGGAACAGAAUGCUGAGCUACAGGCUAUAUGACACCUGUGGGAAUGACCAGACUCAUGAUAACUGUGUUGGAAGUCAGAUGACUUGGCUGGCCUCUGAAAAACUGCCUAGAGUUUUAGCCUCUAUUGUAUGCCCGUUUUAUCAAAAGCAUAGCGUGUCGAUGCCUGAAUCGGAAUUCGUUGAGUUGACAAAGAGUGUUGUGAAUGAGGAUAGCACAGAGUUUCUUCACACCGGCUUUUUGUCACUACUUGACAAUCCGUUUUCCUACAGUUCUAGGGUGGAGAAUGACGUUUAUAGUCCCUAUUACAACCGUUUUCUUAUGCUGCAGCAAACCUGUGAGCUUCAAGCGUUGGUAGCUGUUGAUUUUCUGGCACAGGAAGGUUGGGGUGAUGUUACUCUUGUCACCAGUGGAGAUUUCUGUGGUGGAGAGUCUACCUUGCUGUUCAAGCAACAGAUCGAUGACAAAGACCUGGACUGCCAUUUCAAUGUUGCCUAUCGACGGCAGCGACCCCCUGAAACAACAACAGAUAUGCCAAAAGACUAUACACAAUUGGCUAUUCAAACCAUUGGUGAAGCAUAUGAAGAAGAUACGGCUAAUACUUAUUUACAUCACCGUAAAUUUUACGAUGAUUUGGAGCAGUCAACACACAUUGUCUAUCUCUCGUCUAUUGAGUUUGCUGUUACCACUCUUCAAAUCUUUAGUGAAUCCGUUUUGUCACAUGUCAAUCGCACAUAUUCGUUUCUGUUUGGAGAUUUCUGGGGUGACCCAAGAAAAGCAGAUACCUUGUUUGAACUCAUCGUACAAUUGGUGAAAAAUGGCCACAAAGUCUAUGCUCUCAGGAAUGAUAUUAAUGGGACUGAAGUAAUUCAGGAACACAUGGCAUCCAUUCGUCUCAAUUCAUAUGAGUGGACUCGGAACACGUGGUUGCAGCGAUAUUGGCACAGUUAUUACAAUUGUUCUGAUCAGUGCAAUGCUAAUGAAUCAUUGCCUGCAAUUAUUAGACCAAUUUUGAGAAACUACAAAGCUGCACUUGUCAUGGUUGGAGUUUCUCUGAUCAGAGAAUUCGUAGAGAUUCACUAUGCUAACCACAAAGAACUACCUGAAACGUUCGAUUUAGGUGACGGUUUUUUACCUUUCAAGGCCAAUAGGACAAUUGAGAACAAGGAGACCGGAAAUACGUUAGUGUUUGGAGAAACAGGACACACACAUCGCUCAUUUUAUUGGCAACAACCUUUGCAAUGGCAAUACAGGAUUCUUGAAUUAGAGAUGGUGAUCGAAACAGAAAGUGAUACUGGAGGAGAUAGAGUGUAUUCUAGAGAUAUGAACGUCUCAGAGCAUACAUCAAAUGAAACAAUGCUGGGAAUUGGGUCAAAUGAUACAUCAAAUGGAACAACUGGAACAACGGAGUUUACUUACGUUUUAGGUGGAAAAGAGUAUGGGAUAUGGACAAUUGAUAGCAAUGGGAUAGAAAGCAACAAUGGUCACCUCUAUGUUUUUGUUAAUAACUCUGAAUUUCCCACUACUCCUACAGUCAACAGUGUGGAUAAUAACAUGAAUGUGGAUAACAACACGAUUGUGGAUAACAGCACGAAUGCCUCUGUAAACAGCACUGUCAGUUCGGAGAUUCCCACUGUUGUUAGUACUUCUACUGUCAAUAUCUCCGACAGUGUUGGUAAUAUGACUGACUUUGGUAGCAAUACUAAUGGAUCUCUUGUUAACAGCACUGUCAUGUCCACUGUCAUGUCCACAAUGACACCAAUACAACAGCAACCCCUUCCUAAGUUUCAAACAUGCCCAACAACAGCAGUACCAACAACAACAAUGCCAACAACAACAGUACCAACCACAUCAGUACCAACAACGCUGACGAUGAAACCAACGAUGAAGUUUAUUGACGACUCUUGUAAUCCUGACAAACUGCACGGUAUGGUCGGUCUCGUUGUUGUCAUCCUUCUUCUGCUUAUUGCCGUAUGUCUCGUGUACAUAUGGAAUGAUAGUUGUGUACGAAUAAAGAGUGACAAUGAUGAAACAGUAAGAAAUGACAGCAAUAUAAAAGUGAGUGUGAAACGUGUUCUUAGAUCACCAGGAUACAGUAUUGUGCUUGGUCUCACUCUGUUUUCGAUCUGCAUUUGCUUCUGGAUCAUAUUCGGCGAUGAGUCUUUCGAUUGUGAUAAUCGUGGAGAUGACUUCUUGGUGAAUUUGGCGAAUGGCGUUUGCUUCACUGUCUUACUGAUUUACGUUGCCUGUCGAAGGUUUGAGAAUCGUCUUGGACAACUGUGCCUUAAAAUAUUUGGCUUCCUUGCUUUGGUCAUGAUUCAGCUCAUUGUGGCGGCUGUGGCUCACUUUGACAAAGUAGAGAAGUUUGAUGACAACAGUACGGCAAUUGAACAUUGUUACCAAGAACGAGGCAAAUCAGUAGUGGCUGGUUCGUACUGGUUUGGUGCCAUUCUUCUGAUUGCAUUCAUUGCUCUCCUCAUUGUCGACUUGUGUGUAAAAAAGGAUGAAGAAGAUGAGCAUCAUUUGACUGUUUUUGACAUUAUCAGGACGUCGAUUGCAGUUGCAGCCAGCAUCCUGUACAUGAUUGGGUUGGUGUUUGUUGUGCACGUUGAUAGUACAUCACAGUGUCUUAAUCAUGGACGGUGGUUCAUUUUCCUUGCGUUGUUUCCUGCAUUUGUUGGUCUACUUGUGAGUGCUCUUCAAACUGUCAAAAGCAUUCGUGAAAAGAGGAGAGAAAUCCAAGAAUACCGUUAUUCUAUAGAGCUGCUAAGAAUUCGUAGUCAGUCUUCGCAAAAGCAUCUCUAUCUAUUUGAUGGAUUUCCUCACCUCUCUGCCAAAACUGAAGGAUCAAGCUUCAUGCUUGACGAGGAUGUCCUAAAAGAGAUAGGCGAAGUGCUGAUUGAUCCUGGAAGGAUAGACAUCAAAGUUACAAUUGGAAAAGGCAAUUUUGGAGAGGUUUUCAAGGGUAUGCUUGAUACAGACAACGAAGUCGCAGUGAAAUCGGUGCAGGAUGUAACUAGUCAAAAGGAGGUGACUGAUUUUAUACGGGAAGGACUGCAGAUGAAGGCAUUUGAUCAUCCCAAUGUAAUGGAACUGGUUGGGAUCUGUUGGCUAAACGACGACAGCGCAAAGGUACGAAUGACUGCACCGUUGAUCGUACUACCAUUUAUGGAGAGAGGAGAUCUCAAGAACUACCUGAGAAAAAGCAGACCAGGAAAGCUUUCUCCGGAGGAAGCAUUGAAAAGUCCAAUCAAUCUUGCUCAACUAGCAAAGUUUUGUCAUCAGAUUGGUAUGGGAAUGGAAUAUCUCAGCAAGCAGGGCAUCAUUCAUCGUGAUCUUGCCGCCAGAAACUGCAUGGUGAACAAUGAUUUGGAAAUAAAAGUGGCCGACUUUGGUCUUUCUCGUGAAAUGUCUGAGGGCAAGGACUAUUAUAGGAUGGGACAUGGAGGCCAGCUGCCAGUGAAAUGGAUGGCACCUGAAAGUCUCAUCGAUUUCUUCUUCACAGAAAAAUCUGACGUGUGGGCAUUUGGUGUUACAAUGUGGGAAGUCAUGACUUUGGCUCAAGUUCCCUAUCCUGGUGUCUCCAAUCAAGAUGUUAUUCCCUACCUUAAACGAGGAAAUCGUCUCCACAAACCUGAUGAGUGUCCAUUUGAAUUAUAUGAAAUUAUGAAGCGUUGCUGGAUAAUCAACGCGGAGGAACGUCCUACGUUCACAAGUCUGGUCCGGGAUAUUGAAGAAUUCCUCACUGAGUUAAUGAAUUACUUUGAUCCUAAUGCUGCUGAUGAACCUGUCCCACCGGAUCCUUACUCAAACUGGUCUCAGGCACGUUCGGCCGAAAUCAUGGAGAUCGAAGAGCAGGCUGAGAGAGAAAGAGCAAAUCGUGAGAAUGAGCCAGAUGGUGGUGAAGGAUUAGGAUUAGAGCUUCUGGACAAGCUAGGACGAGGUGGUGAUGUGGUUGUCAAUAUGACUGCAGUGGAGGAGAAUGAUGAAACACCUCGUUAUCAUCAGUCAGAGUUGGAGAAUGAGGAAACACCUCGUUAUCAUCAGUCAGAGUUGGAUGUUUAGAACUUGCACAACAGUGAGCAGUGCAUUAUCGUAUCACAGCACAGCAAUAAGCAGCUUAUUAUCGGUAUCCAUUAUGUAUCCAUUAUCAUUAUCGGUAUCCAUUAUUGGUAUCAGGUGUAGAUAGUUGCAGCAUGGUAAUAGGUAGGUCAUCUUCAUGAGUAGCGAACAGAUAUUUGUAGUGAUCUACAAUUUGUGUUGACAUUGUCAUAUAGUAUGUAUUGAUGACAUUGUCUAGUGUUGUGCGAUUUGUGGAAUGUCCUGCUAAGUACUAAACGUAAUUUUAGUCACUA